AUGUUGCCAUCGGAACGAAUUAAAACGUUCAAGAAGGUUCUGAAUGCAGGGCGAGGAAAAAUUCCAGAAUUUAGGGUUGGUACCAAAGCUAUAUUUCAUUAUGAGACAUUGAAACCACUGGUGAAUGUGAAUGAGGAAGGAUUCCCAGAUUCGAGAGAUAGCUAUAAGUCGAUCGAUAAUACUCGAAAGCCAUAUCCAGAUGGUUAUGGGAAACCGCUGGAAUUGGUAUUUGGAAAGAAGUUUCAAUUACCAAUAUUUGAACGAUGUUUAGAGACAAUGCUAGUUGAUGAGAUCAGUCAAUUUGAUGUAGCUGCCUGUGAGCUCUAUCCAUAUCCGUCAGUUUCACAGAAACUUCGAAAUAUAUCAAAAGAUGAUAUGCAGUUGGGCAACCAAAGUCAUCAUCAUGGACACUGCGCUGCAGUAAACGACUUCACAAUGGAAUAUGAAGUUUUGAAUGACCUUAUCAAGAAUCCUCAGCCAUUGCGUUUUAUCUUUCAUCUGUUGAUUGUUUUACAACCGGGAGAUUACGAACCAGACAGCUGGCAAUUAGAACCCGACGAAAAAUUGGCAAGUGUCGCGAAAUUGAAACAAUCUGGAAAUGAAUAUUUGCAAAAAAGUGACUAUCUGAAUGCGUCACUAAGAUAUAGAGAAGCUCUAAAUCGCAUAGAUACUCUUCUACUGCGUGAAAAACCAGGUGAUCCAGAGUGGGUUGAUCUUGAUAAGCAGAAUAUACCUCUAUUUUUGAAUCUUUCUCUCUGUUACCUGAAUUGGAAGCAAUAUUAUGAAGCUAUUGAUGCUGCAACUGAAGUAUUGAAAAGAGACGAGCUGAAUGAAAAAGCAUUGUACAGGCGCGCGAAAGGACGAAUCGCAGUUUGGGAUCUAGAAAAGGCUGAAGACGAUCUGAAAAUGCUUCAGCGGCAGUAUCCGGGUAAUGUAAAUUUGGUAAAAUUUGAACUCGAACGAAUACAGUCGCUUAGAAAAGAGCGUGAAGAAAGCGCCAAGAAUACCUAUAAGCAUAUGUUUAAAAAUGUCCACUAA